CGGGUUUUCCUGCUUUCCAGCACCAUCAGGCACCGGGAUUCCGUACCCAUUCCCCGGAGGGGGCGACUGAGGCCAGAGGCCAGAGCCAACGAGUGGGGCGCCAAGCGAGGGCCCCUCGUUUUACCAUUUCAGAAGCAGCCUGGGCCACUCUGAGAUGAUAAUAAUAACAAAACACAGGCAGUUAGGGUGAGGUGACCACAGGCUAAGGUCCGGGCCUGGAUUCUGGUGUCUCUGCCUAGGUUGCUUGAAUGGGGGGCUCCCUGGCGUGGAUGCUGUUGUUGCCACUGCUGCUGCAGGAUCCAGGCAGCCAAGCAUUUUCCUGCAACGUGUCAUCUGGAAACAUGGACUGGAACACAGAGUUCAAAGACACAUGCCUGAAUUUCAGUGGCCAAGGCCUCAGACUGCCCCAGAACCAGUCUCUGCAGGCCAGGAGCCUGCUCCACCUUAUCCUGUCUGGGAAUGGUCUUCGAGAGCUACCACCGCUCUUCUUUAAACUGCUGGGAAACCUGAGUGUCCUGGAUGUGACGAACAACCCACUGGACAGUGUGGAUGGGGAGCUGGCCCUGCGCUGUACGCUUGACCUGAAGGCUGACUGCAGCUGUGUCCUAGAAUCCUGGCACCAGAUCCGACAGGACAACUGCUCUGGCUGGCUACCUCUCCAGUGCCGGGACACAGCUACUGGUGGCUGGCACAAUGUCUCUUCCUUCCUGGAGGCUGGCUGCCCCCCUGGCCUGUCCUUACCGGUCAUCGGGGCACUGGUGGCCAGUGGAUGUCUGCUCCUGGGGCUCACCAUUGCUGGCCUAGUGCUGGCCUGGAGACUCUGGGGCCGUGGGAGGAUCAGUAAACGGGACGUGAACAAAACAAGGGCUGCUCAGGAUGGUUCUCGGUCUGGCUCUGGCAAGCAGCCGAGAUACAGUAGCCGGGGCCUCAGCCCUAAGCCCCCAGCAGCUGCCGUGCCCAGACCCUGCACCCCCGACUAUGAGAAUGUGUUCGUGGGCCAGCCAGCUGCCGGGCACCAGUGGGCCGAACAUGGGGCUCACCCAUCAGAGGACAGCGACUUCUACAUGAACUACGAGGGCCCCGACCAUGCCUCCCAGCCUGUCUACUGCAACCUUCAGUCAUUGCGCAAGACUCCGCUGGAUGAGGAGGAGUAUGUGAUCCCUGGGCGCUGAGCUGAUGCCCUGAACUCCAGCCUGCUGCCUUCUAUGUGACUUCAGGCAUUCUGACUCUUCCCUGGCCUCAGUCUUCCCACCUGAGGAAUGGGGACAGGGAAGGACCGUCGCUGAGGCCCCAGGGAGGUUCUUCAGCUCCCUCUCUAGCCCCUGCUCUGCUUCUCAGCUCCCUAAGCUGCUGGAAGGGGAAGAGGAGAGGCUCCGGUAUGGCGACAGGAGGGUCAGUUCAUGAACUCUGUCAUCACCCUUGGUGUGCAGACCAAGCUUAAUAAAUGCUGUAGGGCUCACAAAGCUGCUGGCUCAGGGCAAAUGGGUUCUUUGAGGUGGGGAUUCCCUAAGCUCCCCAAACCAGGUUCUCUGAGAGAUUCCCGAAUUGUUCCCCACUCUUGGUCCGUCCCCUCUGUCCCUUUCAGGCCCUGUUCCCUGCCACUUGGUACCCCGGCUCAGCUCCCAGGGCAGCCCACACCAGCCCCAAGGGAUCAUUAUAACUUAUGAAUGGGACUGUGCCCCUUCCCUGCUCACACACCCUCCGUGG